UACACUGCUUCUUAUUCAUCAAGGAAAUAUGCUGGUAACAGUGACCACAGUUCCUCUAGGUGACCCAGCAACCUUUACAUGUUCAUUUUCUGCUGAACAGCUGACCAAUAAUGAGCUUCACUGGUACAAACAGGGUGCAGGGAAUACACUGACAAUAAUUGUGAAGCUGCGAAAGCAUGCAGAACCUGCAUAUGGAGCAGGAUUUUCUGCCUCAAGAGUGAAUGCAACAAACAAAGAAGAUGUUAGCAGUCUGACAAUCAUAAGAACAGUUCAAGAAGAUGAAGGAAUGUAUCACUGCGCUAUCAUCGACUGGACAGAGAAUAUUUGGCAUGGGAUCUAUUUGGUGUUGGAAGGACACUCUGAAAGGAUAUUAAAUUAUCAAGUUGUCCAGGAGGGAAAAGUAUCAGAUCCAGUCCAUGAAAGCAACUUGGCGACUCUACAAUGUUCAGUGAUCUCUGCCUUUAACCACAACAUAUGUCCAGAAGAUAUCAUCGUGUUUUGGUCCAGAUCCAAAUCUGAUAAAUCUGAUCCAGAUGUCAUCUACGCUGAUGGAGAAAGACAUGAUGAAUGUCAAAAGAAAUCAGAGUUUCAGAGGAGAUGUGUGUUCUCCAAGAACAUCAGCAGGUCUGAUGCUGGGACUUACUACAGUGCUGUGGCCUCAUGUGGAGAGAUUUACUUUGGAAAUGGAACAAAUCAGCAAGUUGAACAAACACCAGACCCUGAUCGUAAUGCACUGGUGAUAACAACAACAUGUUUGAUCAUUUCUUUGAUUGUGAAUAUUAUUGUUAUCUGCUAUCGAAAUCCAAGGGCAGUAUGUAAGCAAAUUGAAGGGACAGCAAGCCCCUCUUCACCUGCCUCACAUGAUAACACGACUGAACUAGGAAAAUAUGUUGCCAAAGAUAACCAGGAUCUAAACUAUGCUGCACUGCAUUUCUCUGGAGGAAAAUGCACACGAAGGACAAAGAUGAAAUUGUUGGACUCUGAGAAAGAUGUAUUUUCAAGAUGUAUAUAUCAAGUUAAAGUCUGAAUAGGAGAGUCUUUACGGGAUCUUACAAAGCCACUGGCAAUAAAAUGUGAAUAAACUUUAUGUGUACUAUUUUUACUUAGUAAGUGUUGUUUUAUGCUGCUUCUCUCUUGUUCUCCAGUCAUGGCUCCUAUAUUCACAGGUCAGUUGCUCUUAAACACCCUGAGAUCCAGACUAAAAAUUAGAGGCGACAGAGCCUUUUCUGUGGUGGCCCAUAAGGUUUGGAACAACCUGCCUUUGAAAAUCUGAGCCACUCAAACGAUUGAUCAAUAUAAAUGUUUGUGAAAAGUAGUUUAUGUCAAAGGCUUUCGAUUCUAGCUAAGCAGGACAUCUCUGUGAUGGUGGCGCUACUUUUAUUGAUCAUUUUGUUUGUUUUGUACGAGUUGUGGAUCUUUCACCGUGUAAAGCAAUUAUGUCAACUAUGGUUGUUUAUAGAUGUGCUGUAGAAAUAAACUUUACUUAUGGUAAUUAGAACAAAAUAAUAAUUACAAUGAAUAUUCAUGCAUUGUUUCCAGAUGUUUACUUUCUGUGUUAUUUCCAUCUUUUUAAAACUAUCACUGUCUGAUUUGUCCCACUGUAAAUGGGACUAAAUUUUUCUG